AUGCGAUUAGCUCCAAAAACUUACACAGGGCCUCAUGUAAGGCCUGAUCCAGGUACUAGGCCACCACCACCUUCACCGUCUGCAUAUGAAACUACUACAACACCAGCUCCAAGGAACAAACCAAGGACUACAAGUGGUGGUAGAAAUAGGAGAGUUCCACCUACAUAUGAACCAGAAGUACCAACUACUAGAGGAAGAGGCAGGGGUGGAAGAGGAACUAGAGGAGGAAGGGGUGGAAGAGGAACUAGAGAAGGCAGAGGUGGUGCUACUGCACUAUUUCCACUGUCAAUUGUUGCUCCAGUUCAAGUUGCAUCAUCUACAACAAUUGCUUUUGGAAGAGGUGUUGGAAACUCAUCCACUAAUUCUGGGGGUGGUGCACUGAGAGGAAGAGGGGAAAGAAGCAGAGCAAGAGGGAAGACAGCACACAGAAGAAAUGGGAGAAUUGUAGGUAUUGGAAUACUGCAGGAUAAGGGACCAACACUGACUAGAGAACCAACACCAGUGCAGGUAAAUCCUAUACCAGGACUAGAUGGAUCCUUCUUAAGAGGUACUUAUGGUGGUAGGGGAGGUGGGCCAGUGAUGAGAGGAGGUGGUGCAUUUUCUUCUACAUAUGGAAGGGGAAAGAGGCCAAGAAUGAUGUACUGGCUAGGCACAAAAGAGCAGUGGGCGAAUGAAGGACUUCCAUGA